AUGGGUUCCGUUUGCAGAUACUUGUUCUCGCUGUGUUUGGUGAGCUCGGUUCUCUGUAGGGGCCGCAGCGAGGUGAGGAAAAUCACCAGGCGGACUGCAUACGGCGACUCAGGGGGACAGCAGGAACCUCUUGAUAUAGAGGCUUCUACACACCAGGAGCAAGUGGAAACACCUGAUGGAUUCAGCCUGCACCUGUCCAGCCUUCAAAUGUCCACCAUCUCAUUCUGUCCGUUGUCUGGAUGCGUCCCUUGUGUCCGAGUGUACGUCAGGAUGAACAACUCAGUGCCGGUGAUAAUUGAUGGAGUGCAAAUUCACUUCUUUGAAUAUAAAAGCAACAGAAACAGUGAGAUUCAAGUCCGCUGGAGAAACCACAUGCCACCCCUUAACACAGCUAACUUCAUAUAUGAAUGCUUUGAAUCAGAUGCUGGAUCUAAAGUGGAAGUUAGAGUUAAGACAAUCCCAGAUUAUGGACUCCAGUUAACUGAAGAAUACAACGUGGAAGAUUACAAAACUGGUCCAGAGAUGAAUUACUCUGUUAUCCUUAAGAAGAAACAGAUUAUAGUUACUGUGCCCCCAGGCCGUGUAUUGAAAGCCAUGCUGUGUUAUAAGCGGGGCAUGGUGUGUCGUGAGCUCAAGAAUCGCUCCGUUCUGCUGAUUAACAGCACGUCCUCUCUCUUCUAUGAGUACCUGCUUCCUUGCCUCUGCAUCCAGGUCUUUUACCCUGGGCUUGAUAGCAGUCGGACAACAGUUUGUCCAUUCACCAAUACCCCGAAAGCCUUUGGCCCUGAUCUAUGGAAGUCGAGCAAUUUCUCGGAUCUGAUUCAUCAUAACAACAGCAUGGCAGUUCGUCUCACUGGGAAAUGCCACAUUAAACCAAGUGUGGUCCUCUGCUGGAAAUCCAAUGGAAUCUGUGAGGAGUUUGAGGAGUCAGCUGCUGAGUUCUCAAAGUCUGUCUAUGUGUUUGAGAGCGUUGACAGGCAUUCUCAGAUGUGCUUUAAGUUUAAAUAUAAAAACAGCAGCCACAUUGAGUGCCGAAACAGACCAGACACUGACUGGAAUGUGACGAUGGUGACAGGAUCAAACCAACUCUUGCUGACCUUUUCUGCACACAUCCCAGCAUCCUUCAGUGCUGUGCUAUGCAAGACAAUAAGGGAGGAAUGCAAAAACCUAACUCUAAUCCACAGUGUGACCCAGACUGAGUUCAGCACCCAGAAGCUCCUUAUGAUCUUGCCUGCAGAAAGCCAUGAAUUCUGUGUAAGGGUGUGGCGUUCUGAUGUGGUCUUCUCUGGGAAGCAGUUGCUUUGUCCACAACACUUGCAUCAUUGGCUACGGCUGGGACUCUUGAGUACACUGGUUAUGUUAGCUGUUACACCACUGCUGGUUUAUAUGGUCUGGAAGUUGGCAACUAAAGUUAUAUCAGUCCCACUUUGGAGCAGAACAGUACUGAUUAUGUACUCCCCAGAUUCUGAAGAGCACAUUAGGCUGAUCUGUGCUUUUGCAGAUGUUCUGAAGACUGAAUUGUGCUGUAACAUCAUCCUCGAUCUAUGGGAUACUGGCAGGGUAGCAGAGAUUGGUAUUGUCUCUUGGCUUUACAGCAAAAGGGAACUUGUGGAGCGUGAAGGAGGAAAGAUAAUAAUCAUUUGGUCAAAAAGAAGCCAAGCAAUGUACAAUCAGUGGAGUAUGCCAGACUCAGGAAGCAGAAUGAACCACAGUGACUUGCAUGACCUUUUCAAUACCUCGAUGGCUUGUGUUUACAAUGACAUUUUGCGAAACAGGAGGAUUAAAGAUUACAGUAUUAUUUAUUUUGAUGGACUAUGCAACAAAGAGAACAUUCCCGAAAUAUUUACCAAGAUCCCCAAGUACCGAAUGCUGAAGGAUUUUUCAAAUCUGGUAUGUGCACUGCAGUCUGCUCCCAAAAUUCCAUGUGGCCUGAAGUUGGGCACUAAGUUUCUGGUGCGUAGAAUCCUGCGGUCUGAAAAAAUGCAAAAGCUGCGGAACCACAUAGAGCAGUUAGCAAAGUUACAGAGACACGGUCUUCUCUGCUGUGAGGAAUGUGACUGCUCCGACUGA